AAUACAUCGUAGAAAUGGUUAAAAUGGAAGAAAUUCGUGUCUAGUGUUGUUUAAGUUUGUCAAACUGAAUGACAAAACAGAAGUCUAUUUGUUAAAAGUAUUGUAGUGUGCAUAAAAGUUUAAUUGUUCGUAACGGUUUACGUAAAAAUCAUUUCCACACGAAAUACUAAAUACCUCAAACAACUUUUUCUUAUCACAUUUCAUUUCAAGUCAACAUCGACGUUUUUGUGUUUUUUUUUUUUUUAGACUCAUUUACUUUGUUUAUUAUGAAUUUAAUGAAUUCUUUUGUGCAGUAAUAUAACGACGGAUUCGAUAAUAUAGGUAAUCAAAUUUGGCCCAUUUUUCCUUCAAUAUUUUGAUUACGUACAUAUUAUAACCUUUGCUUUCUUUGUGCUUCUUACUGAUUUCUAUCAUUACAAUGUCAAAAUCACCGACUAUUGGUUCGAUGCUUUUUCAUGAAUCUUAUAUCUUCUUUUGCAAUCUAAGAGUGAUCAUAAUAUUAAAACACCGAUAAAAAUAACAAGGAACGAUCUUUGAGUAACCAUUUUCAUUUAUUAAUAUAUCAUACUUCAAUCAGUGAUUAUAGUAACAAGCUGUUGCUGUUUGCAACUAGUCUGUUACCCUAUUGAUUUUCAUGAUUACGGGUUUAUGUAGAAAUAUGAAAAUAUUCCAGAAUAAUAUUCAGGUCUAUUCUUGUUUCCUGUCUUCGAUUUUGAUAUGACCAUUACUGCGGCAUUACGAUAAAGAGGUUGCUACUAGGAGUUAUUGUCAUGGAUUUUCUUCGCUUCCAUGAGAUUGAACAACUUACAAGUGGCACAAUAGAAAACAAGUGAUUGUGGUAAUUGACAUAAAAGUGCGUCGGUGUGCCCCAGCAGGUACUUUGUAGUGGAGCCACCAGGCUAUGGCCAACCUGAACUUUGAGCAGCCACCACGCAGUAUUGCGAACGCAAGCCUUACAUCGCGCGCGGGUGGUGGGGGGGGCUUAAAUUCGUCGACCCUGACGGGUCAUGUCACACCUACCUCGGGCAUGUUCUCAGGCUCGUCUACAAGCACAUCAAGUUCAGCCAAUUCUGCGGUAGUAGUUACUAACGUUUACCCUGGAGCAUCUGGAACCGGAGGUGGACAAACUAAUCAUCAACCUCAGCAGCAACAGCUCUCUCCUAUGGGCAGCAGAGGACUGUUUGGACAAAGAGCUUUUACAGAUAGACGUACAAUGCCAGCUCUUGGAACCUCGAAUCCAAUGGGUAGCAUGGGCACUUUUGGAAUACCGCAAAGUCGUAAUUACGGAUCUCAAGGACAGAUUAAUAAUUUUCACUCUGUUUUUGGCAGUGGAGGAGGUGGAGAUACAAGUACUCCUCCAUUGUUGGAUCUAUCUGAGUUUCCUUCAUUAACAAACAGGGGACAGGGUGAUUCUAUGCCGCAACCUAGUCCUAUGCCAGGAAAACAACCUUACGUUGGAAUGGUAAAACAACCGACGUCUGAAUCAAGUGAAUUUACUAUGAGUUCUGAAGAUUUCCCAGCAUUGCCAGGAACUCAAAAUAGAGAAGGGCCAUCGCCAGGUGGAAGUGUAUCUGGAGACAAGAGUAUACCUGUUGGACUCGGUCCUGAAAUUGGACAAGAUGUUCUGCAGGCGAACAGAGCACCUGGAUCUGAAAAGUCCCAAUCAUCUAAAAGAGGCAUACAAACAUCUCCCGAUGGUAAAGUAACCAAUAUACCAGCAAGUAUGGUUAAGGAUCAGUUCGGAAUGGUUGGACUUUUAACGUUUAUUAGGGCAGCUGAAACAGAUCCAAAUCUAGUAUCUCUGGCACUAGGCCAAGAUUUAACUGCGUUAGGAUUAAAUCUUAAUUCGCCAGAAAAUCUAUAUCAAAAUUUUGGUGGACCUUGGGCUGAAACACCGUGUCGACCUCAGGACAUUGAUUUCCACGUGCCGCCAGAAUACCUUAUUAAUGCCGCUAUCAGAGAUAAACUAGCACCAGUUAAGCUAAAUCGGUACAAGGAUGAUCUACUAUUUUAUAUGUUUUAUACAAAUGUUGGAGAUGUGCUGCAAUUAGCAGCGGCAGCGGAGUUGUACAGUAGAGAAUGGCGAUAUCAUAUGGAAGAAAAGGUAUGGAUAACGCAAGCGCCAGGAUUAGGACUUGUAGAAAAAACUUCAACAUAUGAACGUGGUACUUAUUAUUAUUUUGAUGCGCAAAGUUGGAGAAAAGUAGCAAAGGAAUUUCAUUUGGAUUAUACAAAACUAGAAAGUAGACCUCAUCUUCCCACAAACUUUCACCAAACCCAGCCUUGACUACAGAUCUGCUUGCAGACGAUUGUGCUGUCUUUAAGCUGGACAGGAAACAGCUAUUGUAUAAAUGAACAAAUUUAAUAAUCUUUAAUAAAAACAUAAAAUUUGAAGAGUAACAAAAACGAAGUUCUUUAAUUAAUUGCUCAUAGCUAGAAAUGGGAACGAGCCUGAUGUAUUUACACUGGUUGACAUUAAAUUUCUCAUGACGUCAAAAAUGCUCAAACAUUGCUAGUAAAUAAGUCUAUUCGUCGUCGACUGCUACGCGAAAUGCAGGGAUGACACUCGUAACAACAAUUUUAGUUUAUGUUGCAUCUGUCAUUUUUGACCGAGCAAUGUUUCAUCAAGAUGCGCAAAUCAGGAUAGAUAUCAAGAAAACAGUGUAGAUUAAUGCUAGAGAAAUUACAAGGAUUAACAUUUUUUACAAUGGAAUAACUUAAGGACGACAAAAAUGUUUGUUAAUUUCCUCUUUAUUUUUACUCGUAUUAACUAUUGCAUUAAUUAUAAGACAAUGAUACUUUUAAUUUGCACUCGUGCACUCGUUAAUUUAAACAAAUCUUCCUUUAAUCUUACCAGUAGAAUGUAUAUAUAGGCGUAAAAAUGGAAAGAGGAGCCAUUGCAUAACGUGCAACAUUUUUCUUGCACAGAAAUAAUGUAUGCAGCAUAAACCAAAGUCUUUGAAUAGUGCACUAUGUAGCAGCAGCCAACGACGAAUAGUCUUCCGUAUACCUACCUUGCGUGUACAAGGCGUGAAGAAUAAAGCUCGCUUCUCCGGUGGUGAUGCUCGUGCAAUUGUGACAUCACGAUAUGUUUUGUAUCACCUAGUGAGCAUGAUAUUAAUAUUUGACAGAAUUUCUGUAAAUGAUUUUCGUAUAUGACAUCGCAGAUUUGAAAUGUAUAGAUACUUAUAAUAUAAAAUGAAAUACUUUCUAAUGAUAUCACCGUUUAUGGAAGUGUUUAGAAUCAUUGUAAUGUACAUAAUAAAUAUGGUAAAAGCUGCAAGUGUAAAUGAAAUUCGAGCAAUUAAGUAACUCAGAAUUUAGUGGUUCCGUAAAUUCUGUAUCUAUGCAGACCAUUUUUUGCUUAGCAAUUUAUAGUAAAUAUUUUUGUUUUCAAUGGAUCAACCACGAUAUAGACAAUACAUCAACAUGAAUAACUUGUUUGUUCGUUUUAGACUGUCAGAUUUUGAUAUUUAAUCGUGCUUCACUUACUAUCAUCAAUCUAAUAACUCGUAAGUAAUGAGUUGGUACAUAAUUAUUCGCCGUUUUUUUUUAAAUUUUAUUAUGAAAAAAGAAACAUAAAAAUUCAACAGAAACAAGUUUAGUUGUUUAUUCUGGAGCGUAUUCAUCAUCUACUUCAAUUACUGCUUCCCAUUUGCUUGGCAGACAGUCUAUUCCACGCUCCAGAAUAAACAAUUAAACAUGUUUCUGUUGAAUUUGUAUGUUUCUUUCUUCAUAAUAAAAUAAAAAAAAGAAACGACGAAUAAUUAUGCACCAACCCAAUAUUUAUUACGCUAAAUUUAUUAAAACUUUCAAAUAAUGAAAGGUUUAAUUCCAGUUGAAAUUAGAAACUAUAGAAUUGUUUAAAAGAACUAUCUAUAUAUUAUAAAAUCUUACCCACAUAUAUUUCUCGCAAAUGCCAUUUUCUUCAUAUUA